GGUAGAUAUAGAAAAUAAAUACUUAUGAAAUUAGGAAGAGAGAGAAGGAGCUCCAGAAUCUCGUCAAUGGCAGACUGAGACUUGUUUACCUUAGCCAGUCAAAUCAAGGAGGCGAUGGAGAAUAUUGAAAAGGAAGAACAUGAAGAAAAAGAAUAAAUUGGAGAUUCGAAUCGGACCAUAGAAUAGUAACCUGUUUCGACGUCAUUUGGUAUUGCUGAGAAGAACUGAUUCGGAAAAGGGGUUUAGGUUUAGGUUCGAAUUAGGGAUUUAGGUUUGAAAGGAGUUUGACGCUGGUGAAAUCGAGAGAGAUUGAGAAGAUGGAUGAGAUUAGAGGAGUGCCUACUUGGCAGGAAGAGUUGGCGAGUCUCGUGGACGCCGGGUUGCGAUACGACAGAGCGCCGAUCGAUUUGACGGCGGCUACUGAAUCCGGCUCAAAGCGAUCGGGUUUUAUGUCGGAGGAUGGAUCCGGAUCCGAAGCGAGGGAGACAUUGAAAGAUCAAGUGACGGGGUUUAUGAAAUCGUGGGGAGAGAUGCUUGUGGACCUCGCGAAAGGAUGCAAGGACAUUGUGCAGCAGACGGUGGUGACUGAGGACUCGUUCGUCGUGCGGAAGCUUGGGAAACCGGCGGCUAAAGUGUCGAAGAAGCUUAGCUUCAUGAACGACUUUUUGCCUGAGGAUCGUGAUCCGAUUCACGCAUGGCCUGUGAUUUUCUUCGUCUUCCUCCUAGCACUCGCAGGGAUACCUGGAGUGAAGAAGUCACUGCUUGUGGAGUAUGGUGUCCGUCUAGUGUCAUAUGAUCUUCCAGGUUUUGGAGAGAGUGACCCUCAUCGAGGUCGAAACCUCAGCUCAUCUGCCUCGGAUCUGAUCAACCUUGCAGCUGCUGUUGGAAUUGACGACAAAUUCUGGUUACUCGGCUACUCUACUGGUAGUAUGCAUACAUGGGCUGCAAUGAAAUACUUCCCUGAGAAAAUCGCAGGGGCUGCAAUGGUGGCUCCGGUGAUCAAUCCUUAUGAGCCAAGCAUGGCCAAGGAAGAGAUGGUGAAAACAUGGGAGCAAUGGUUACCAAAGAGGAAACUCAUGUACUUUUUAGCACGCCGGUUUCCACUUCUUCUCCCUUUCUUCUACCGUAGAUCUUUUCUCUCCGGUAAACUCGAUCAUCUCGAUCAGUGGAUGGCGAUAUCAUUAGGAGAAAAGGAUAAACUCCUACUCAAAGACCCAACUUUCCGAGAAUUCUACCAAAGGAACGUGGAGGAAUCCGUGCGUCAAGGAAUCACAAAACCAUUUGUAGAAGAAGCCGUGCUUCAAGUAUCGAAUUGGGGCUUCACUCUAUCCGAAUUCCGCACACAGAAGAAAUGUACAACUAAUGGUGUCCUCUCUUGGCUCAUGUCAAUGUACAGUGAAGCUGAAUGCGAGCUAAUCGGAUUCCGAAAACCCAUUCACAUAUGGCAGGGAAUGGACGAUCGGGUUGCUCCGCCAUCGGUGAGUGACUACAUAAGCAGGAUGAUUCCGGAAGCAACUGUACAUAAGAUCCCAGACGAAGGUCAUUUCUCCUUCUUCUCCUUCUGCGAUGAGUGCCAUAGACAGAUUUUAGAUGCCUUAUUUGGGGAACCCAAAGGCCAGCUUGAGAAGGAGAAAGAAACAAAGGAAACUACUCUAGUCGAGACAGAGACCCAUAAGGGUGAGUCUUGAACAGUAGUACUAUUACUACAAACCACCAAAGAGUACAAAGGCAUAGAGGUGGUGGACUACUAUAGAAAUCAAAACUACCUUUUUAUAUGUUUUUGAGAUUCGAUAGGGUUUAUUACAAAACAGAAUGCCAUUUUACGUUGCAAAGAGUAGUGAAUGAGAAGAAAUUUAUCACUGACUGGUUUUCUUGUUCUUAUUACUUGAGGGGAAAAAUACAGUUAUUAGUCAAAUCAUUAAUACAACACGCUUUAAGUUUCUCAAAAAUAUUUAUUUAGGGCACCA